AUGGCCGGCUACGAGGACGAGCGUGAUCGUCUACGGGAACAUCUCGGAAUCGCGUGGCUGCCGCACGGGUUGGAUAAAACUGCCGUCAGCGACAAGACGAUCCGCCGGUCGACGGACUUGAAUUGUGACUUUAGCAGCCCGAAGGAGUGCCGUUGGAAAAACAUGGAGGCGAGGCACGAGAUGGAUUCGCUGGAUUUUCAUCUUUUUGAAAAGGUGGACUGGACGGAAUUCCCAGCUCUCCAAGUCAGACCCGGUCCCAGCAAAGUGGCCCAGGGCGAUAAGAUGAUCUUCACUGGCGAUAGGAAAAGAGAAGAACAAUCUGCCAUCUACUACAGCUCUCCCAUCGGCUGCCAGAAUGCCACCGGGAAUUUGACGUUUACCUUCUGGGUGUACAAUGAUGCCCGGGUGGAGGUGCUGCUCCUCGAGGAUCGGCCGGGCGGCAAGCUGAAAGAGCUGGCCGAGAAGCCGUAUGUUGAUUGCGGCACGAUCAGUCUAAACACCGAGUGCCACGCCGACAUCCCAGCCAGACAGACGCCCUUCCGGUUGGCCAUCCGGGCGUAUGAUAUUGCCAAUAAGGAAGGCUCCUUCGUGAUGGUCGACCAAAUCAUGUAUUCGGCACCGUUGUGCAAUGUUGGAGUUGAUCUCGGCGACAACUUCUCGACAAAGCCGCUGAUAACGGCAGCUAUGGGCAAGGACAUCUCCCUGGCGAGCCAACUUGACUGCGCCGAUUACGACGAGAAAUGCCGGUGGAGGAGUGGCGGCCAGUCGGACAAGAUGUGGCGUCGGUCAACCUCGCCUCUACCUCGAGAAUUCCUUUACAAUACUACUGGCAGUUAUAUGGGUCCAUCGGGAGCCUAUGCCGUCCUUUACAUCGAUCAGGGCUCCAAGAGACCCCUCGACGUCCUAAAAGCCGACCCAAUCCCUUGCCAAAGCCAGACCGAGAACAAGCUAUCAUUCAGAUGGUGGGCAACCCGGGACGUCCGUCUCGAGGUGUGUGCCGUAGGGCCACCGGGUACCCCCGAGGAAUGCCGUUCUUUGCCCGCCGAAACGAGCCCCGCACCGGCCGAAGUAUCGUUCCGGACCGCGUCCACGCAGUUUACGAUUCAAAUCCGUGUGGCGAGCUUCAGCCCAGAUUUCGACAGCGUCGUCAUCAUUGACGAUUUGACGUACAGGGCGACGCUAUGUACGGACCCGUUGUCGGUGUUUGACCUCGGUGAACACUUUGUCUCCACUCCAAUGCUGUCUCUACUUCUCCAUCGCCACGUCAAUUCUGGGAAGGAAUUGUCCUGCGACUUCUCGAAGCGAGCAGCCGAUUGUGUCUGGGGAUCGACUGAAUAUAAUAAUGUUGAGGACAGUGAACUUGUUCCCGACGUCUGGCAGGUGGGCCAUGGUCCGCUAAAUGAGGAGAAGCUCUACUCGUUGAGUGGCCAGACUCGGACACCAGACGGCGAGUUCGCGGUGGCCAAGUUCGAGACGGGCGGCUCGUCGCUGUUGCUCUCGGAGGUGAUCCGCUGCGUGCUGGACGACGUCUCGAUCUCGUUCAACAUGUGGGCCACGGGGACGGCGUCGUUGCAGGUGUGUCUGGUGGAAGAAUCGUCGCCAUCGCUGCUCGAUUGCCAGCCGGCCGCCUCGGGACCGGUGGUCGUCGACUUGCCGCCCAUCAAGAAGCCGUUCAGAAUAGCUCUUCGCGCCGACGCCGAAGACCAGGGCCUCCUAAUCGUCGACGACAUUGACGUCCAGGGCUCCGUCUGCCCGGCCUUCGCACGCCAGUUCGCCUCCAAACAUUUCAGCCCGGCCGUGGAGCACCCGGACCCGAACGUGUGCCGCCUGUUGUCCUGCGACUUCUCCCAUGGCCACGCAUGUCUCUACACGCACAAUACCGUACCCGGAUCGGCUCCGUUCAGGGUAACCAAUGCCGGUGCUCGAGCCACGAUCUCAAAAGGGCGCCCAGUAGCCGUCCUCGAAUCGGUCCCAUUCCGCCUGAAUACCAUUGGACGGUUGCACUUUACGUAUGCCACUACGGGCGAUGCUUCGCUGUAUGUGUGCAAUGAUAGUGUCAAAAAGGAGCUGGAGAGUUGCUUCAAGGUGGAAGGCUCUGACGGUGAAGAUUACAUCGAACUGCUGCCGAGUGAUACAAAGGUGUACUUGAUCGGCCGCCUCUCCGAGCAUUCACUCGACUUGGGCUCGUUGCGGAUCAUGAACUUGACGCUGACCGAUACCAUCGACGAACCGGCAUGC